GGAAAUUACACAAAUAAAGGUAGAAGGAGGAAAUACCGAAGAUUAUAAAAAACAUUUUCCGACUGGGUUAUCUCAGCUAGCUAAUUCUUCACUAAACACUAGAAAACGAGUAGAAAUUAGUUUUGAUGAAGACAGUGCUAGGGAAAACGGAGAUUUAUUAAUUAUUAAUGGGGAUGAUAUUAGUCAAAAGACUUCAAAACAGGAUUUUGCUGGGGAAAAGGCAGCAAGUGUUAUUAACAAAUUGCUUGCUUCUUACGACAAAAUGAGAAACUAUAAUGAAGUAAGUAGAAAUGAUUUUGACGAAGCAAUUAAAGCGGUAAAAGAAUUAAAAAAAAUAUUAAGAACUGGAACUAGAUAUGAUUUGAAAGAUUUGGAAAACUUUGAAACUAAUAAAGGAGCCUCAACACAAGAUAAUAAUUUGUCUGAGAACACUAAUAAUAAUAAAAGGAAAAGAGAUGAAGAUGAGGUAACAAAUUCUUCGUCUGAUUCUAAGAAAGCCCGUUUAGACGAUAAUCUGAAAGAAGAAAUUGAUAAGAAAGCCCAAGCCAACGCCCAGCAAACUGAAACUACGUUAAAUAACUUGCUUGAUAGUGGAACCGAAGGAAAAACUCCCGACCAAUUAAAAGACCAACUAAAGGGAAUUGAAGAGUUAAGCAACAAACAAUUUUAUCAAAGUAAAAAGUCAGAAGUUAGUCAGAAGGAAGAUGAAUUAAUAGAAUUAUUAGGUGUUGAGGAAUAUACUAAGUUGAUGGUUAAAACUAUUAAAACUCGUCUGACCCAAGCCGGUCUCAAAGUUAGCGAAUUAGAUGAAAAAACUCAACAGAAAUUAACCAGUUUGUCGGAGGAAACCAACAAGUCAAAAGCAAAGGAAAUUAAAACUGAAAUUAGCCAGGAAGUAAGUAAAGUGAUUGUUGGUAAAAAAUUAAAACAACUGCAAGCCCAAGUGGAAAAAGUUAAAAAUGGUAGUUUGGAAGAGAAAGAAAAAGUUAAAAAGGAAUUGUUGGAGUUCAUUAGUAGCGAUGAUAUUUUCUUCCAAAAAGAGAAAAGUAAAAUCGAAGCAAUGAUGGCUGAUUUACAAAGCAAUUCUACUCGAACAACCGAUUCUCCGAAUAAUUUCCCUUGA